AUGCGCGGAGCCGUGUUCUACAAUCACCUUGGCCCACGCAGGGUCAUGUGGUGCUUCAUACUGUGUGAUGUGCGCUGCAGCAAAGCCGGAAACAGCAAUCAGGAGGCACAAGGAAGGCAGGAUGUGCGGCGGCAGGACAAGCUGCACCAGGAAUUCUACAAUGUUCCUACGAAGGACUUGCCCCCACGCAUGCAGCCGCGGCAGCUGCCAAACUUGCAGGAUGCGAUGAAGAUCGACUGGGACGACUGGAAGUCGUGGGAAUGGAUGCAGCCCGGCUGGAAGGGAGUCAAGAUGCACUCCCAGUGUGUGAUCAACGCAGACGGAUCUGCUGAAAUCAGAAGUGUGUGGAAGUGA